GUUUUGCCGAAAUUUCUUCCACAGUUCUUUUAGUUUCUUAAUCAUGGUUGAAUGAAUAUCGUUUCGUACUUUUGGUUCUAAAUUUUGGAAGUAUUGAUAAUUUUUUUGGCUAACAGGAGAAUCACUUCACAAUUGUCCUUGCUAAUUGCUACUUCUUUACUAUUUCGAAGCUCCAGGUAUAUCUUGGAUGAGUUCUUCAAUUUUUCAUUCACUUUUCUACAAUUCGACCAAGGGCAAUACCGUAAAUUCACACUAACAAAUAUCUAUCUGGAACCAUCCAUUUCUUAUUACUCAUUCAAACAACAGAAUGCUCACUCUUCCUUUUACUCCUUGGAAAUCUUCAGAUUUGCCAAAAAGUCUUACACAAUUCUUUCAGCUUCUUAAUUCAUGGCUGAAUGAAUACUGUUUCGUACUUUCGGUUCUAAAUUUUGGAAGGAUUGAUAAUUUUUUUGGCUAACAGGAGUUUUUUCAACUUUUCAUUCACUUUUCUACAAUUUUCACGGUGCAAUUUCAGGUCAACUUUUAUCUAAUCAAUUUUGUCCUAGUCGUCUUUGGGUUUUCAUAGUUGUUGAUUUCACAGCUUCAGUAUAUGACUACUGUCGUUAUUAUUCUACCCGACUAUCUUUUUAGUGUUCUUCGGCAUUCAUUUUCUUUCGGGUAAUUAUGUCAUUUGAUGUUCUAUAUAAAAAUCUCCAUUGAUGUGUGACAUACUUCGUAUAGUAGUCUAUUGUAAUUAGCUUAAGCUGCUUAGUGUGAUGACUGAUAGGAACCACAUGCAACGUUAAUGAAGUGUGUUGCUUUGAGUGCCUGCUUUCACUUUACUGAACAGAAAAAAAAAAUUCCUACACAUUCAAUCGGACCUGCCUAUUCUCCCGGAUAAUUUUUGAUGUCUGGUUCAUCAUCCAUUAACUUAGAUUAUGUGUAUAUUCAGGUUCUUCUUUUGGUUGUAUUAGUACUUAAAUUCAGUUGCUAUCCUCGUAAUAAUUUUUCGAGGAGCAUUUGACUAGCAUGACUUUUAUUGCAUCCCCUCGGUAAUCUUAGGUUGGAGCAGAAGUGAAAUGAAGUUUCAGUUGGUGAAGAUGGUUGAAUCAAUUGGUGCAAUAUCACUUUUAGGGAGGGUACCGGUUUAUGGAGUUUGUUAUGGGAAAGAUCUGUCGAGUAAACGGAAGGCAAUUGAUGUAUGUGGUAUGCCUUCUGCUGAUUUCCGUGGCAGGUUGUCUGUGGAUUUUAGUUUCGGAGAUUAAGAGCUGAUUGUGUAAGGUUUUCGUCAAUAAGAUGUCUGGUGGUGGAAUUGACCAAAGAGGCAUAUUGAUAUAGUGAGGACAGGAGAAUUCCUAAAGAUUUCCAGUAUCAGAUUGAGACUGAUGUGGAUAGAAAGCCAGGGAAAUGGCCACCAGCGAAUAAACCUGAAAAUCCAGCUCUUCAUAUAAGGCUGGCCCCCAGUUCUCUGCUGGUCAAGAGAUCCUGUACAAGUGAAGAGAAUGGCUUCUCGGAAGGAGGAGAUUUAUCAAGCGUUGCAAGGAGGAAUUUAUAGCUUCCGACUUGAAGCACAGGAGUUUGUUAAUACCCUGAUGCAUUACAAGGUGCCAAUGGCUUUAGUGUCUACAUGCCCUAAAAAGUAUAUCGAGAUUGCAAUUGGUACCAUUUGCUUUGAAUGGACUUUUAGUGUCAUUGUAGCUACAGAGGAUGUUCACAGAGGGAAGCCUGAUCUGGAGAUAUUUGUCUAUACAUCACAGCUUUCUGAAUUUUCAGAAUUCUUGAUGGAAAUGGGAACUUGCUUAUUGGAGAAAAUUGCAUUGAAUGGUGAUGGAGAAAGUGUUAGUUUUAGGUGGUUGGUUUGUGGCAUUCUGGCUGGUCUUCCACAUCACACCAAGUCUAAGGAAAAGUUAGUUAUGUCCAACAAGGAUAUAGAGAGUGACAUUAUGGACUAGACAAAGAGUUGGGAAAAUGAGGGCUUAAAGCAAGAGAUUUUGAGACUAAGACAACAAAUGACAGAAAUGCACCGAGCUUAAGACAAUGGGUUGCCUCUUCUUUCAUUUCUUGCUGUUGAUCCUACAAAUACGUCAAGUUUUCCACCAAAAUUGCAAAGUCAGUUUUCUACUGAUGUUGAUGCACUGCAACAUAACUCAGAAUUCAUUCCAAGUCAAAAGCAUCUCAAUACUUCCACCACUCUUUCUCUAGCUUCUCAGCAUAAGCCUACUGCAUUCACAACACCACAUGUCGUUUGUGAUUUUAUUACUCAAUCCUCUACUGAGGCUUCUACAUUGGCUAGCCGCCCAACGUUGUGCUUUCCCAUGUUCAAUACUCUUGGUGAUCAUUGCUAUACUUCUAAGCCUACUUUUAAGUUAAUUGGACCGCUAAAAUUUCUUAACAAGAAGCUUAGUGUGCCAGAAGAGCCAGAGAAAAUGGUUGGAAAAUGUAGAAUACAGAAAAUGUUAGGAAAAUUUCGCCAGGAUCUGCGGAUAAAAAAGAUGUUUCAUACAAAGACUGGGGCAUGUCUUCAAGUGUUAACCUUCCUCCAAUCCUUGAGAUGUCGAAAUUUGAGAAGCAAUAUGGACAUGAGAAAUUUGUGAAAUAUUUGGGACAAUAUGGCAAUCAAUUAAGGGAAAAUAGAGGGAAGAAGAAUGAGAAUGAUGCAAAUGCUAUUGUAGUUGGACAAUGAGCAUGUCAAAGAAGACCACGUCGUCGUCACCCUCAGUCUCAAGCUCAAGUUUAUAUCCAAGCUCUCUAUAAUCAUUCCCAAAAUUCAUUCUUCUCUAUUUCCCCACCUCUAUAUCUAGUAUAUUACGCACAACCAUAUGUUCAACUCCCUUCUUACUCACAAUGACGCGCACCAACGCUUCAGAGUCACCCUCCAACUCCAAAAAUAUAUCAAAGCCCUUCUAGGCUCGAUGUUCGAUCCAAGUCAAAUAAUAGAAUGAGGCAGAAGUCGAGAUAGUGUCACACCAAUUGAAGAAUCAUAUGCAGUUUAUUUCAGAGAUUGGUACAGUGGGACAUGAUCACUCCUUUUCUCAGGGUCAUAGUAUUAAAGAUUAUCGAGAUUUGAAAAGAGAAAUUGAAAAGAUGAUUCAAGAUAGAUCAAUUAUGGUGCAGAAUAUUGACAGUGAGGAAAG